AUGGCAAAUCCGAUACCGACCCCAUCUCCUGGACCAUUCAUCACACGACAAAAUUCCGCUGGAUCAGUAUUUGUUGAUUCCCCCAUUAUAACAUCACCUCCUUCAAGAUUCGAUAACUUACCCAAUAUAAACGUUAGUCCGAACCCAGAUCCAGAUCCAGAUCCAGUUUCGAAUUCGAAUUCGAAUUCGCAACCGAAACAUACCUCAAACAAGAGUUAUCUGAUCAUAUCAGGUGGUACAGGAGCGAAUUCGAUAGCGUCUGCAUUUGGACAUUCACCUUCUUUCGUUUUACCUGUAUCGGACGAUGGUGGUUCGAGCUCGGAGAUAUUGAGAUGUUUCGGUGGUCCUAGUAUUGGUGAUAUCCGAUCCAGACUCAUUCGACUGAUACCACUUGUUACGAAUCCGGACCAAACGAAUAAGGAAGAAAAUGAGAGAUUAGCUAUAUACAAUCUACUAGCAUAUCGAUUCCCAUCUGAGGCGACUGAAAAGUCAGUGAGAGAAUUAUGGCAUGAGAUCGUUGAAGGUAGAAGUGAUUUAUGGGAUGGUAUAGGUGAAGAUAAGAAGGAGUGUAUACGCGCUUUCCUGGUACACUUCCAAACGCUGUGUCUGAAACGAGCACAUAAAAGGUUUUCUUUCCGAAAUUUCUCUUUAGGAAAUGGUUUCUUAACUGGUGCAAGAGAUUUAUUCGGUAGUUUACCAAGUGCAAUAUUCUUGUUCAAAUCUAUUGCUGGAGUAAAUCAUGGUGUUCAAGUAAUCCCUGUUAUCAACACAAAUCAAACGGUAACGAUAGCCGCUCAAUUGGCAAACUCGAAAACACUCGUGGGACAGUGUACGAUUUCUCAUCCCACCAUACCUCUCACGCCUUUACCCACUUCUCCGCCUACAGCACAUUCUCAUAAAUCAGCUUCACCUUUACCCGUAAAAUUGAGGCAUCAUUUCAGGAGAGACUCAAGAACGUUUGAUACUCCUGAUGCUUCACUACCUACUUCCAGAAGAGCAAGUUUUGAUUCUAUUGGACAGAUCAAUGAAGGUGAAGAAGGUUGGUCAAAUAGUAAUAGCAACUCAGGUGGAGGGGGAGGGGGCGGUGGAGGUGGUAAUUUAAGUUAUAGAAAAGGUGAAGAAGAAUCACCACUAGAAGCUAGAAUAGAAAGAGUAUUUUAUAUAAACUUGUAUGGUCAAGAGAUAUACCCCGAACCCAAUCCUGAAUUCACAGAAUCAAUCAAUCAGAGAGAUUUACUAGUUUACUCAUGUGGUUCAUUAUGGACUUCUAUAAUACCUUGUUUGGCUUUAAAAGGUUUAGCAUCAAGUAUAGCUUGUUCACAAACUCUAAAAGCGAAGGUCUUGUUAUUAAAUUCAUCAAACGAUAGAGAAACACCAGAUUAUACAGCGUCAGAAUACGUUUUUACUAUACUAUCAAUGUUGAAACAUUAUGAUCAACCGAAGCGAACCACCAAAAACAAAGAUAAUAAUCACAAUCACAAUCAAAAUCAAAACCAAUUGAUUCACCAUCCACCUGUACCCAUUUGGAAAUCAUCUGAUCUAAUUUCACAUGUGGUUUAUCUGCGCAAUGGAAAAGUUGAUAUUGAUCGAGAUAUUAUCAUAGCUGCAGGUAUCAAGUUGAUAGAAGUUCCAUCAGAGAUACAUAAAUCAAAUCCUGACGGAACCCCUUUAUUUACUCCUGAAAGUGUUGAAUGGGCAAUGGAAAGAGUCAUGGACAAUCUGUGA